AUGCCCUGUAAGCAUCAGGUUGAGGAAUUUGCAGGUGUUUAUGAUGAAAUUGAUGAAGAACAAUAUUCUAAGAUUGUCAGAGAACGCCAGGAUGAUGACUGGAUUGUGGAUGAUGAUGGGGUUGGUUAUGUAGAAGAUGGCAGGGAGAUUUUUGAUGAAGAUCUGGAAGAUAAUGCUCUUAAUGCUGACAAGAAACGAAGAAAAGACACAGCUUCCACAUAUGACAAAAACAAAUUGAAGACUCUGGUAUCAAAACCAAACACUAUUAAAUCCAUGUUCAUGGCUAAUACUGGCAAGAAAAAUGCUGAUAAAGCAGUUGAUCUCUCUAAAGAUGAUUUGCUAGGAGACAUUUUGCAAGAUCUGAAUGCUAAGCCUGUUCAUGUAGUACCACCAGUUCCAGUGCUUAAAAAAAGGAGAAUUCUUGGAACGCCGUUAAAUCCUUUUUCUGUGCAAUCCGAAGAUUCCAAGGUAACUGCUGUAGUGAGAAAAUCUAUCCCUCUUGGAAAAAAAGAAAUCCCUUCAUUACAGUCCAAUCAUUCAGUCUAUUUAGCUAGAUCAGAGGCAAUCACAGAAGAGAGUAUUAAUAAUGAAAAUGGAGUACAACCAAUGGAAAAUGAAGAACUUGUAAAAAUAAAAGAAGAAUCUAUUAAAGAAGAUGAGCAAGAUAGAAUUAUUUUUGAUGAUGGGGAUUUUGAUGAAUCUAUACCAGGAAUGGGAAUUGUGUCAGAAGAGGUCACAUUCCUCAAGGAAGAGAUGGAAUUGGAACAGAAACAAAUGCUAUGUUCUUCCCUCCAUGAUAAAUCCUGCUGGGACAGAAUUGAUGAAGAUGAGUUUGUAUCUUCAGAAAUUCAAGUGGAUUCCAGUCAGUUCCCACUUACAAAGGGGGAAGAGGGGCAACAGAUUUUCAAGUUCUAUUGGCUGGAUGCUUAUGAAGAUCAAUAUAACCAACCAGGAGUGGUAUUUCUCUUUGGAAAAGUAUGGAUUGAAUCGGCACAAUCUUAUGUGAGCUGCUGUGUAACAGUAAAAAAUAUUGAGAGAACUAUUUAUUUACUGCCACGUGAAUCGCGAAUUGAGUUAAUCUCUGAAAAAGAAACAGCGAUUCCUGUGACUAUGAUGGACAUCUAUCAAGAAUUUAAUGACCAGAUUGCAGAGAAAUAUAAGAUCAUGAAAUUCAAAUCCAAGGUUUGUUAA